AUGAGCGUUCAAGAGGCAAAUUCACAAGGCCUCCAGGCCCAGCAGCCAACUGGUGAUAGACUGUCACCUAAAGUGUUGCUCAUCGCAAUGUUCUAUGAAGAGUCGAGAAACUGGCUUUCUCCUGAGAGUGCUCUCCAAUUUCCACGCAAGGUGCGCGUUCCAGGUCUAGCACGGGGAUAUGAGGAUAUCCACGUCACUGAAAACGGCGAAGUUGCACUCCUGGUCGUAGGAACUGCCCUAAUCAAUGCGUCUCUAUCAAUUAGUGCUCUGCUCACAUCGCCGCUCUUCGAUCUGAGAAAGACGUAUUUCGUCCUAACCGGCAUUGCAGGCGUGAACCCUAAGAGGGCCACGAUAGGCUCUGUCGCGUUCGCGAGAUUUGCCGUUCAGGUUGAUACGCAGCUCGAGUUCGAUGCGAGAGAAAUCCCUUCUGAGUGGGACUCGGGAUAUGUCCCAAUGGGAGCUGACAAGCCUGACCAGUUCCCUGGUAUUGUGCACGGCUCUGAAGUAUUUGAGCUGAACGCCGCGUUGAGAGACUACGCUUUGUCUGUUGCCAGAACUGUGGAGCUUGAGGAUACUCCAGAAGCUGCUAAGCACCGGGCCUUGUGGCAGAAUUCACCAGAUGGUAUCUUCGACGUAGCUACAGAAAAGCCAAGUGUGCUUGAAGGCGAUGUUCUAUCCUCAAAUACCUUCUGGCACGGCCAUCGCAUAUCUGAAGCGAUGGAAAAGGUUGCCAAGGUCUACACUUCAGGCCAAGGAGAAUACACCAUGACGGCCCAAGAGGACAAUGCCCUGCUCGCAGGCCUGUUAAAUGCAACUCUGCAAGGAAAAGUAGACUUCUCUCGGACACUACUUAUUCGAUCUGCUUCGAACUUUGACCGCGGUCACGAAGACAAGCCCCACCAACUCCCCUUUGUUAUGGACAAGGGAGGUUUGGGCCCGUCAACCCGCAAUUUGUACCUCACAGCUCUCAAAGUUGUCGAAGGAAUUGUAGACGAUUGGUCUGUCAAGUUUGAAGCUGGAAUCACCCCUGAGAACUACAUCGGGGAUAUCUUUGGAUCGCUGGGUGGCGCACCAGGCUUCGGAAAUCAGCACAAUAUCGACCAAAUUCGGUCGCAUUGA